AUGACACAAGCCAACUUGGAGCAGGGCAAUGAGGACUCCGGCUUUGAGGAGGGUCUUGCCGGAGGUCCUGGUGCUCCAAUGCCAUUGGCGCAGCUCGCAGGCCAGGAUGGACUCACUUCGCGAGACAUCCAGUUGGUCAUAGACGGCGGGUAUCACACUGUUGAGGCAGUGGCAUACACACCGAAGAGAGUGCUGGAGCAGAUCAAGGGAAUAUCAGAGGCUAAGGCGACGAAGAUCUUGACAGCAGCUGCGAAAAUUGUGCCAAUGGGCUUCACGACGGCUACAGAAAUGCAUGCUCGACGAAGCGAAUUGAUAUCCAUCACUACAGGCUCGAAACAAUUAGAUACUCUGCUAGCAGGAGGCGUCGAAACGGGAUCGAUAACCGAGAUUUUUGGAGAAUUCCGGACUGGAAAGAGUCAGAUAUGCCAUACUCUGGCUGUUACUUGUCAAUUACCAUUCGACAUGGGUGGUGGAGAAGGCAAAUGCCUGUAUAUCGAUACGGAAGGUACCUUUCGACCUGUGCGCCUGCUAGCCGUUGCGAACCGUUAUGGUCUGUCUGGAGAAGAAGUGCUUGACAAUGUUGCUUAUGCACGUGCAUAUAAUUCGGAGCAUCAGCUUCAAUUGUUGAACCAAGCAUCGCAGAUGAUGUGCGAAACACGUUUCUCCUUACUGAUCGUGGAUUCAGCAACCUCGCUGUACAGGACGGACUUCGCCGGACGGGGGGAGCUGUCUUCGAGACAGACACAUCUGGCCAGAUUCAUGCGCACUUUGCAACGUCUAGCGGACGAGUUCGGUAUUGCUGUCGUCAUUACAAAUCAGGUCGUCGCUCAAGUUGAUGGUGGACCAAGUUCAAUGUUCAACCCAGAUCCAAAGAAGCCAAUUGGAGGAAACAUUAUUGCGCACGCAAGCACGACGAGAUUAAGUUUGAAAAAGGGCAGAGGAGAGACUAGAAUAUGCAAGAUUUAUGACAGCCCGUGUCUGCCGGAAAGCGACUGUCUGUUCGCAAUCACAGAGGCUGGCAUCGCUGAUCCAAGUCCGAAGGAUCUGGAAAAGGAUUAA